ACAUUCACAUUUUUCUACUAGUACUAGUUAGACUACCACUUGUACUUACAAAAGAGAAUUGAAAUAAGGUGGAUGAUUGAGAACAUAUAGGAAGAAAUGUCAGCAGCACAUCCUACUUCAGCUGGCUCGCCUGGAUCGGAGCAGCAGGUUUCGAGUCCUCGACAACCUUCUAGAUUGCCACAACGGGCCAUCAAUCCCGCGUGGUAUCCGUAUUUUAUGAGAGGCGUUGGCCUGUUCACUUAUCAAGGUGACUCCUGGCUGUAGUAGCUUGAUUCUUGAGAAGUGGCCUCCUUUCUAGUCAAACUUUCAUUCUAGUGAAAUACAUGAAAGAAGUUUUUCGCCGUUGUACCGAUCAACUCAUAAGCUAAAUUAUUGACGACCCCAUCCGCAUCCGCUGCAUCUCCAUCCGCUGCAUCUCCAUCUCAUCUUCGUAAGUGAGGAAGUGCAAAGGAUAGAAAAGAAUUAGUAGUACAACACCUGCUCUAGAGUACGUAGGUACAAUCGUCAUCAUCAUCUCCCUCAUCAUCUCCCUCAUCAUCUCCCUCAUCAUCUCCCUCCUCAUCUCCCUCAUCAUCUCCCUCCUCAUCUCCCUCCUCAUCUAACAACCCCGUGGCAACUGGUGUCCUUCCUGCUUCGGAUGGGCGUGUUUACCAUGUCCGCGCAAAAGGACCUCCGAUUGAGGUCGUUGAUCACGCUCCAGAGAAUAGUGGUCCUAGAGCAUUAGAAGGUGGCCCAGAAGGAGAAGGUCAACCUCCGGCUUAUUCUAUGAACAUGAAGAUGAACUCAACAUGAUGAACAAAGGCUUGAAGAUGGAGGUCGUGAUAGCGAUAGAUCAUCCAGAUCGUCCACGAUCUGGAUUGAAGAGGGAUAGCAAAGACCACAUGAGCGUGAACGACCUGAUCAUAAGUGAAAUUUGUCCUACUUAAUGUAAUCCUUUUUGUUCAGUCUUUUAUCUUGUUCGAGGCCGCCGCUUGUUGGGUUCCUUUUCAUCUAAUCCCCCUCCCAUCUUGUUCGAGCGUGGCCCUCUCGAAAAACUCGAUUCGACAACGCGGAAUUUCAUUCUCAACAGACCCGUCUUAGCAGAGUUCGAUUGGACACCGCCAUUAAGGCUUGAACAACUCCACCAUCUUAGCCAGCAUCUUGCUGUACAUUCCAGUGUGUUCGUGAAGGAACAACAUGCUCUUCACAAGGAUGCUCCACAACUAGCACGCACAAUGGAUAGUAGAUGGACUUCUUGGUGUAGCCAGCAUCUUGGUGUAACUGUCUGUUCAUGAAGCAUCUAACUCCAGAUGCUAUGCAAAGAGGAGCUCAGUGGGCAGCAGAUCAGGAGGAUCUAUUCAACGGUAUCGUUCCUGCAUAUCCUGCAGAUCCUGCGCCAAAAGCCCCUCCACCUACCGGUGGAGUGUCGGAUGUUCUGGAGUUAUGAAGAAGCGGAUCCGUAGUAGGCUAACGACCCUAACCUCCUCCGUAGUAGAACCAAGAACAUCAGGAGACCACUUUCUCCAGAAGCUAUCAGUAAACUAGUAGUGUAGAAGCUAUGGUGUGGAACUAGUAGUAUUGAAUGAAUAUGAAAGGAUUUCUGUUCAGUACAGAUCAUGAUGGAGUUUGUACUGUGUUAUAGGCUUUCCAAUCUAUGUUGUCAAAUCCAAUUCAAAUUGAUGCUAAAAAGUAACCUAGUAAACGUUUUUCGUCUAAUCUUCGAUGUUUCCGAGACGUAUGGAAUUACGAAUGACGUGCAGGACAUGCGGCUCACCGAUGCGCACAAGAACGUUUAUCAAGUGAAGCCGAUAGUGGUUAAGGCAAUAACGAUCAGGAUUGAACUAUCUAGGGUCCUAACUGUUGAAUGUGUUCCACUGUUGAAUGUGUCUACUAUCGACGGCACAAGAAAUAGUAACACGAACUGGAAUUUGUUAUGACUUUAUUUUCAAAAGAGGAUAUUAGAGACGGUCACGACGAUACCUCUGGAGGAGUAUUUACAACCGAUCCCUCCAUGAGUAUCCUCGUGACAACUACAACAACCGUAUACUCUAAUAUGCCCGGCGAAGUCUGGUGUUUAGCGUGGACGCCAGGUCAAUUGGACACGAUAGCGACGACUACCAUGCGCGUCUACGGAGGAACGAUACCAGGCAAAGACACCCUGAACCGAGGGUCGGGCAAGAUGUCCGUGGCAGUAAAGAAAACGUUGAAGAAAGGAGACUUUGAGAUUGUACUUUCUCCUACUUCUAAAAAGAAUUCUUGUACUAGUAGUACGACUGUUACUCUGUGAAAUGAAAAUAGUGAUAAAUAAGAUGAACAAGAAGUUGAUGUGGUUGUCGGGUGACGUGAGUGAAGGUGCGGUGAAGGGAGGCGGGAGAGCUUUGGUUAUGGAGGAAAUGAAUGGUUCAGGUUCUGGCAUUUGGUAACCUGAAUUUGAUCAUAAGGGAAAACAAGAAGAGAACCCUUAGGAUCAAACUCAGGCUAUACCAAAGACCAGAGCCAUACUUUAGCACAACAACAACUGUUACUCUGUGAAAUGAAAAUAGUGAUAAAUACGAUGAACAAGAAGUUGAUGUGGUUGUUCCCCUGAACAAGGUAUUCCGCGUUUAAAAAAGAAAAGAAAGAGCAAAAAAGCAAAGCUGAAAGUUGAAUGACAAGUGAUGGGGGUGAAAAAAGCUCCAACAGGAAGAAUAAUUAAAGGAAACAAACGCAAAAGCAUUUUGAUCUAGCACAAGGUCAAAAGAUACCUCAAGACCAGGUAAAUGAAUGAAUGAGUGACCUUAUCAACGAACUAGAACUACAGCUUCAUGAUCAAUUAUCCACGACCCCUACUAUUUCUCCCCGUUUAUCUUUAUCAGGUCCGCCACGCUUUUGCGCAGUGCCUCGGGACUGCUGUCGAUCGCAGGAAUGAGGUCGAGGCUGGCACAGACGUGCCCUGCGGCAAGGUGCGGAUAAGUGUCGUGGAAACUGACAAAACCAUACUAGGAAAAAGCUACGCAGAUAAAACAAUCAUGCUCGAUGAGAAAUCACAAGAUGCUUCGAAAAUGCUGGCUCUACUACAUAAGAUGAUGCAGGCAUCACCGUUGUUGAGAACCUAACAUCAUUGACGAAGGGGAAACCUUCUACAUCAUCCCCAUAUUAACAUUGCCUAUUUCUCCCUCAUUCCAAGAAACGUGGACUCAAGUGCACAGAAGACUGAAUAGUCGACAUCCGCCUAGCUUUGCCCAUGUACUGCAUGUGGUCUGUAUUUCUGUAGCUAGUUCUUGCUGGCUUUCAUCAUCAUUUAGACAAUGUCUACCGACCUAUGCAUAACCAUAACCAUAAGCUGUUUCUUGAACCUGAACGUCCGAUACUAGUAAAGUUGACAAUACAGCUACAUAAUGACUGCCGGAGAUGAGAAACUUCAAAUAGGCUUGAAUGAAAGCGUUUGUUUCCCGUCGAAUGCCUCCAUUUCAAUUUAAGAGUCAGA